GGAAGGGCAGUAGACGACAAGAAUACACUCAAAAAGGGAGUGUAUGCAUACUCCGCAUUAAUUGACGGGAUUCUUAAAUUACACUUAUAUCCCGUGUAAUUUGUUACGUUUGGCCACACGGGUACAUAAGGCAGACAUUGGUAACGAGUACAAGCACAGGGGUAAGGUAGUCAUUCUCUUCUGAGUCUCUCUCCGUCCUACAGGCGGUACGGUGUAGGAUUACUAUUAUCUCGCUACGUGCCAGACGCGACUGCUAUCGUCAGGGGCGAUAAUGGUCUUUUCCGGUCACACGUUUUCACGUUUUUUUUUUGGUUUUCUUUUAUACUCAUUCUCUUUUUCUCUCUUUCUCUCUUACUCUGAGCUCUGGUUCCAGAAAUACGAUACGGUACCGUCCUUACUCGAGUUCAUACAUCUCUGAGAGACAGAGAAGCACAGCUUCACUUGUUCUUCCUGUAGUGGAAACUGAUUGAAUGGGUUCUAAGAAGAAGAAUAAAAACCAGACACAGAAGGAACAACCGACCCAACCGUACAACUGCAGUGUGCCUGCUCGUAACCUACCGAAGAGUGAUCUUGGAGCGGUCAUUUUUGGCUGUAAAGGCCAUACAAUUGACGAAUGCUUUUCCAAACUUUUAUUUGGACUACCAUUUGGACAUUUUGCAUAUGUCAAGAAGGUUAGUCCUGGCCUUCCGCUUUUUCUUUUUAACUACAGUGAUAGGAAACUUCUGGGUAUAUUUGAGGCUGCUGGCCCUGGAAAACUAAAUAUUGACCCAUAUGCAUGGACUAAUGGCACUGACCAUGAAACAGAAUUUCCUGCACAGGUGAAAAUUAAAACGUUCAAGAGGUGCUAUGCUUUGAAAGAAGACCAGUUUUACCCUGUCAUUGCUGAUAACUACUAUGAUCAAACUCAGCCCAACUAUUUUUGGUUUGAGAUGGACCAUUCUCAAACAGCUAAGAUGAUCAAUUUGUUUUUGUCUUCAUCUCUGCCUUAUGCUCGUCCGUAUCAUCACCAUAAACCUACAAGUGAUGCCAGCUGUUCUAUUCCAAACAUUUAUAAUGCUCCUUUGCCUUAUGGAGGUAAACCGCACAAUGCACCUACAAGUGAAGCUCUUCCACAAAAUGAUGCCCAUGCUUCCUCUGAACAGAAAACAUGGAGCUCUCUGUUCAAAUAUGAUACAUCCUCUGAUAUGGUGAACAAAUAUGAGCUUCUGAAGAUUGCGUCUUCACGACCAACUUCACCCUUGUCAGAGCAUUACAAUGGUGGAGAAUGGGAGUCUUGUACAUCACCAUCAAUAACCAAAAGUGAACUCCAUGAGGUAUGUGAAGAGGAGAUUGAGGGAGAUAAAGAAAGUAUUCAUCCUUUUAUUGAGGCUUCUGGAGCCUAUUCUGGCGAAUGGGAGGUAGAGGAGGUUGAAGGAGAUGCAGACAAUAUUCAGGCUCAGGAGAUUGAGGGAGAUAAAGAAAGUAUUCAUCCAUUUAUUGAGGCUCCUGGAGCCUAUUCUGGCGAAUGGAAGGUAGAAGAGGUUGGAGCAGAUGCAGACAAUAUUCAGGCUCCUGAAUAUUCAGUGGACGGGAGUUCUUCAACCAAACUGAAUGGGAUAUGCGCAGAGGACAGUGAUGAAAGAUAUGAAGAGCCAUUUGUUGAAGCUCCCGAUAUUCUAUCAAUGCUGAUGCAAGAGGUUCAUAUACUGAAGGAGAGGCAAAUGAAACAAGAAGAAAAAAUUCAAACUCUUGAGAAGGAGCUGGUUCAGUCAAGAGAUGAACUUCAAAAGUUACGGAAUCAGCAUCAUGCAUUGGAAGCAACCCCAUUGCCUUCAAGCCAACAGUUUGAAGGAUAUUAUUGCGGAACACCUAACUCCUCUGAUAAGAUGGACAGCCAUGUGCUAGUAGUUGGAGGGUUUGAUGGUUCUAAUUGGUUGCCUUUUAUUAGUUCCUACUCUGUUUUGAAUGAUCGCAUGGAAUCUCUCACCAAGAUGACGUUCUCGCGUACAUAUUGCUCUGUAGUAAAUUUGAAUAGUGAGGUUUAUGUAUUUGGUGGCAUGUAUGGUGAGGUGUGGUAUGACACAGUUGAAGCAUAUAAUCCUGGGAGUAAUGAGUGGUGCAAACGACCCUCGCUAAAUCGCAAGAAAGGAAGUCUGGCUGGAGCAUCUUUGCAUGGCAAAAUUUUUGCAAUUGGUGGGGGAAAUGGUGUGCAUUGUUUUUCAGAGGUGGAAAUGCUAGAUUUGAACAUUGGAAAGUGGUUGCAUUCUAAAUCAAUGAUUGAGAAGCGUUUUGCAACAGCAGCAGCAGAAAUUAAGGGUGCACUCUACGCAGUUGGUGGCUAUGAUGGAAAUGCGUACCUAAAAUCUGCUGAAAGAUUUGAUCCAAGGGAGCAUACAUGGAGUAAAUUAGGUGACAUGAAGGCGAGAAGAGGGUGCCACUCUUUGGUUGCUUAUAAUGAGAAAUUAUAUGCACUCGGCGGGUAUGAUGGAAACCGAUUAGUCCCAAGUGUUGAAGUUUUUGAGCCUCGUGUUGGUUCGUGGACGGUGGUGGAUCAGAUGAAACAUUGUAGAGGCAACUUUGGAGCCGUUGACAUUGGCGGGAAGAUAUAUGUACUUGGAGGGUUGACCAACGGGGAAGAUGUUCUAGAUACAGUGGAGUGCUAUGAUGGCUACGAGUGGAAGAUUACCAACCUGAGGGGUGUGGGGAAGCUAUCUUUUUUCUCAUCCCUUGUGCUGUGAGUGCUGUGCAGCAACCCUGGUUUCUAGGAGAUAUAUUUUGCAAAUGAUGACGAUGAUGACGAUAAUGGCAUGGUAUAAAAAUUACCUGUGACUAAGAAAGCAUGAGGAAGUUGCUUAGGAUGGGUUGUAGUUAAUUUACCCCCAGUGCAUAUAGGGUAGUUGGAAAGGAUAGAAAGCUAAUCUAAUGUAGGCGACAUGUUUUGUCACACUAUGAUUCCUUGGCUGCAUGUUUUGUCACACUAUGAUUUCAUUACCAUGCGAUUACUUUACAGUUUGUGGUCACUGUGAUGUGGUCUCUUAUGGCGUUUUCUUUUACACCUGGUUUUAGUUCAAUUGCCAGUGCAAAAUCCAUCCAUCACGGGUCAUGUAUAGACUAUAGUGGUGUGCUGGCAUCCCAAUCUUAUAGGGUUAGGUUCAAGUACACAAUUUGGUAAAGAUUUACCUGAACUUUUGGAAAAUUUAGAUGGGGUCUGGUCCCGUAUGGGUCGGAUUUAGUUUCUGUUCUGAUC